AUGCACCGCCAUGCCUUUUGUUGGUGGCGACGACUCUCCUCCUCACGCUCGCUCUUUACGCUCUACCGUGACGAGAACUGCUCCUUUGGUGGCAUAUCGGCGCGAAAAAUGGCCGCGCCCAUAUCAAAACGGACGCGGUUCGAUACCGACGACGACGACGACACUACCACCCACCUACACAACAACAGCAACAACAACGCCGACUGGACGCCCUCUCACCGCCGUCGACCUUCACAGCAAUCACAAAAACAAAAGACCCAGCAACAAACCACACAGCAGCAGCAUCAUCGGUCGGCCGCGCCCUGCCACAUCUGCCAUCGACGACCGACCAAGAAGUCGGACCUCGACUCGUUUGCCCAGUGCGAGGGAUGCCGCGCGCAGACGUGCUUUGUAUGCAUCCGCCAGUGCCACGGCCGUCGAGGCGACAUGGCCUCCGUCCUGUCCGAGCAGGAGGCCCUGUCGCGCUCGUUUCACAUGGAGGACGCCGCAGCCGACGAUGCGUGCGACCCUGAUGGGCGGACGCCACCGGCGCAGCCACCGCAGGAGCAGACGCGGGAGCAGUAUAGAGAGGGCGCGGCGCAAAAGAGCUGGGCGGCUGGAGGGCAUUGCUCCGUGGUGUGCAGCCGCUGCUGCGUGGAAAAGGGACCCGAAGGCGAAGCCGUCUGCCUCGGGUGCCUUUUCGGGGCCGAAUCACCAGAGGACAUGACAUUCUGA